UUCGUUUUUGACAUUUCUUUUUCAACGAGCUGUCAGCGUUUACGGAGCGCUUUCCGGCUCGUAUUUUAAAUCCGAAGUAAUCUCGUUGGAUUUUAUAUUUUAAUUUGUGUAAGGCAAAUAAUACUACUACACAAUGCCGCCUAAGUUUGACCCAAACGAAAUUAAAAUCGUUAACUUAAGGUGUGUUGGUGGAGAAGUUGGUGCUACCUCAUCUUUGGCCCCUAAAAUUGGUCCUCUUGGUCUUUCUCCUAAAAAGGUUGGCGAUGACAUUGCUAAAGCUACCAGUGACUGGAAGGGCCUAAAAAUCACAGUACAACUUGUUGUACAAAACAGGCAAGCUCAGAUUUCUGUGGUCCCGUCUGCUGCCGCCCUUAUCAUUAGGGCUUUGAAAGAACCUCCCCGUGACAGGAAGAAGCAAAAGAACAUUAAACACAAUGGGAAUAUCACAUUAGAAGAUGUUGUAACAAUUGCUAAAACAAUGCGGGCACGUUCAAUGGCAAGAGAGCUGUCUGGCACAGUUAAGGAGAUCCUCGGCACAGCACAGUCUGUUGGGUGCACCAUUGAUGGCAGGCCUCCACAUGACCUCAUUGAUGACAUCAAUAGUGGUGCUUUAACUAUUGAUGAAUAAAUGGGACCUCUUUUGAUUUUA